AUGUCCUACAGGAGGGUGAAUCUUGUUGUCUUUGUCAAAAGUUUCGCAAACGUAGAGUGCGAUCGCCACAGACUCAAGCAAGACAGAACCAUCAGGGAAAACGAGAAAGGGGACCACACGACGAGGAGAGUAGGCAGGAAUGGAAGGAUGCUUCUUAAGAUCGACAUCAGAGAUUUCUUUGACUGCGACUUCAGAGGUGGGAAUUUCGAGCUCCUGGAGAACAAGGUAGGGCAUAGAGGAGGAGUACCAUUUGACAUGAUAGAGAGUCGGGACAGUGUGGGAGUCGGACGCCAUUGCUAG